AUGUCUGACUCGAGUCCUCCACGCGCUUCCAAGCAAGAGGCCAAGGCGAAGCGAUCACGAACAGGAUGUCUGACCUGCCGAACUCGCAAGAUCAAAUGCGAUGAAACUCCUGGCCGGUGUUCCAAUUGCUCAAGGGUGAUGCUUGAAUGUCGGUGGCCAGAGCAAGAUCUGCCUUCCCAUGUAACAACCCGGUCCCGGUGCUCGCGAGACCGGCCCUGUGAGCGGUGCCGGGAUCAGGCCUUGUCCUGUGAGGAUGUGCCUGAACCGGCUUUGCCUACAACAACAGCCACAACAGCCACAACAACAGCUACAAAAACACCCAAAAACCUCCUGGCAACAGAUGGAAUCGACGACUCCGUGCUGAACAACCAUCUGGAGGCCUUCUUCACGCGCGUCUACCCAUGUCAAGCCAACGCCUUUAUCCACCGCGCCUCGCUGCUGCGCGACAUCCACGCCGGCCGCGCCAAACGAGCCCUCCUGCUGGCCCUGUGUGCGACCUCGGCGCGGUUCCUGCCUGAUCCGCCGGUCGGGAGGGAGUGUGGAUGGGCGCGUGAGGCGAAGGCGCUGCUGAUCCUCGUCGGUGAGACGGACGUGCAGACCGUCGCGGCGUUGCUGUUGAUGGCGAAACAUGACAUCCACUGCGGUCGGUUCGGGUCUGCCUGGAUGCUGGCGGCGAUGGCGACUCGUGCUGCUCUAGCGUUGGGUCUUCACCGUGAUACUAGCUCUUCCUCUUCCUCUUCUUCUUCUCCAGAGGAUUUGAACGAGCUAGAUCCAGCGGUAUUGUUUGUCGAGCAGGAGACGCGACGACGGUUGUUCUGGGCAUGUUACACUCUGGAUCGAAUGAUGGCGACAGGACAGUCGGACCUGAUGAUUGUCCAGCCGGACCUGGUGGUGAACCUGCCCUUGCCUUGUGAAGAACAUAGCUUCCAGCUGGGUAUUACGUGUCAGACGCCGUGUCUGGUGCUGAGAGACAAGCAGAGGGAGGAGAAGAAUAACGACGGGCCUUCUAGAGAGGCAGGCCCAGGCCUAGUGACCAGCAUAUUUGGCCAGUACGUACAACUGAUGACUCUACGGUCCAGUAUCCUCCGGUAUACACGACACACUGCUAAGAAUACGACCGUCGACGAGCUUGCUCCCUGGGAGCCCGGAUCCCAGUGGGCGCAGUGGGAAGCCCGCCUGCACGCCUGGCGAGGAUCUCUCCCUGCGCAGUGCCAGCUACGCCCAGACACAAUCUACGCCCGACAGGCACAACACCAGCUCGUCCCGCUGAUGAUGCUGCACGUCUGGUUUGACCAGUGCAUGGCCGAUCUCUACCGAAUGAUGCUCCCCGGGUUUCCAGAGUCGCUGUCCGCUGAUCUCCUACUCGCCGCGCCCGCGGGAUGGGUCGAGCAACACCAGACGGCGUGUGUGCGGCAUUCUCGUGGCAUCCUCCAUACCCUUACCACGGUGGCGCGCCAUGUCGAUCUCACCCGCUUACCGUUUCUAGACGCCAGUCUGCCCAGUUGUGUGUUUGAGAGUAUGCGUGUUCAGCUGCAGGCCCUCUAUAUGCUGCCGUCUGAGGCCCGGCCUGCUGCUCUCACUGACGCCAAGCGUGGAUUCGAUGCUCUGAUGAUUGUCGUCAAUGGCAUGGCGAGGUUUUUUCGUCAGGCACAGUGGUUGCUUCAUGAGAUGCGAAAUAUGCUUAGCCGAUAUGGUAUUCCAAUUCAACAGGAGGAAUCACCCGACACUCCGGUAGAAGGUCAGGACCACCCGUGGCAACGACGCAUCCAGCAGCUCAAACAGGGUUUGCCGGAUAUCCCACCCUCCCCGGAGAGCCAACAGGCCUUGCUGCACAACAGCUUACUGUCUUUUGACUCGCCGGACAUGUAUCUCGAGGUGACUAACUUGCUGGAGAUGCAGGGUAUCACUGAUGAGUGA